AUGGCAUCUCCGACCAAAGGAAGGACUGAUAGCCUCCUGGGUCUCUCAAUGAAUGAUGCUAGAAUCCUCUUGCUGGGAAUCCUCACCACCAACAAAGACAACAAGGUCGAUUAUGAAAAGUUGGCCCAGAAGGGAGGCUGGAAGAAUGGCGCCUCCGCUGGUGUCAUGUAUCGCGGCGCCUACCGAAAACUCGCUCAGUUGAACGCUGGAGACGGCAACGAGACUUCUGCUGGCCCUGCUGCCGACAUUUCCACUGAUGCUCCUGCAGCUACUCCGAAGAAAGCCGCUGGCAAACGCAAGAAAGCCGCUGCCACUUCUAUGGGGGGUGAAACCCCUGACGCUAAGGUCGACGAUAGUAGCGAUAUCGACACUCCUACCAAGCCGAAGCGUCAGCGCAAGGCUCCUGUUAAGAAGGAGACUGGCAAUUACCGUAAAAUGGUUGACGAAGAACCCAGUAAGGUGACCGUCAAGACUGAGGGUGGUCCUAAGGAUGAGAUCGAUGUCAAGGACGAAGAUGAACUGAGCGCAUCUUCUAUCCUUGUGCCUCUGUCCCCUUAG